ACCGGAAGGUGUGUGGUUGCGUAGUUAUUUUCGCUAAGAUCGUGUUUUGUCUAACUAACGUACCAUACGAAAAAUCCAACUGACCGAUCUUAUUUAUAACCUACAACGUUUCAUUUGAGCAAAAUGAAACACAACUCCAACGUUCCGGCUUUUCUCACGAAGCUUUGGACCCUCGUCGAGGAUUCGGAUACGAAUGAAUUUAUUUGCUGGAGUCAGGAAGGGAAUAGUUUUCUUGUGUUGAAUGAACAAAGGUUUGCUAAAGAGAUCCUCCCAAAGUUUUUCAAGCACAACAACAUGGCCAGCUUUGUUCGACAGCUCAACAUGUAUGGUUUUCGCAAAGUGAUGCACAUCGACACUGGCAUAGUGAAGCAGGAGCGAGAUGGGCCGAUUGAAUUCCAGCAUCCGUACUUCAAACAUGGGCAAGAUGACCUGCUAGAAAAUAUCAAGCGAAAGGUAUCAAAUGCACGGCCCGAGGAGAGCAAAAUGAAACAAGAUGACCUCUCUAAAAUUCUUACCAGUGUUCAGAGUGUCCAUGAGCAGCAAGAGAACAUGGAUGCUAGACUUGCCACCCUGAAAAGAGAGAAUGAAGCUUUGUGGACAGAGCUUUCAGACCUCAGACAGAAACACGUGCAACAGCAACAAGUCAUAAAGGAGCUGGUGCAGUUCAUCUUUACAUUGGUUCAGAACAAUCGCAUGUUAAACUUGAAACGCAAGAGACCGCUUGCACUGAACAGCAAUGGAAAGAAGGCGAAAUUCAUCCAGCAGAUUUUCGAAGAAACCAUAGACAACAGCAAAUCCGCAGUAAAUGGCCUUAACGGGAUAAAGAACGGCUCUGACAUUUCCGAUGAAGUCAUCAUCUGUGAUGUCACCGACGAAGAUCUGGAAGUUACAGAUAGCACGUCAGUAGCGGUUGAUCAAGGAGAUGCCGAAAUCGUGGAAAUCGGGUUUGAAAGCGGCCCCACCACAAGAGACGACAGCAUAAAUGGCACUGUAACAAAUUCAACUGUUCAACAAGAAGCACAAGCAACCAAAAGCGUCUCUGAUGUUUCACCAAGCAACAGUGCCCUGCAAUUAAACAAACCCUCAGGUCUAAGUUUAGAGGAUCCGUUCAAGCUGAUGGACUCCAUUCUCAGUGAAAAUGGAGCUAUUUCACAAAACAUCAACCUUCUUGGCAAGUUGGAGCUGAUGGACUAUCUGGAUAGCAUUGACUGCAGUCUGGAGGACUUUCAGUCCAUGCUGUAUGGAAAACAUUUCAGCAUUGACCCAGACAUUGAAGAGGAAACUGGCAUGAAAACAAAUCAUGACAUCGACAAAGACAGAAAUGGAAAAUCGGAUCCUAAUAAUGCAGAUAAGCAGUUGAUUCAGUACACUACCUGCCCUCUACUGGCCUUACUGGAUGGAUGCACCCCAUCUACAGAUCCCUGUGCCGAAAACUUAGCCCAGUCUGCACUGGAUUCCAGUCUAGACGAGCCAGCAGAUCUGCUGGAGAAAGCCCUCGAGACCGAACCCCCUCGCAACUCUCUGAUCCGACUUGAGCCGCUUACAGAAGCAGAGGCGAACGAGGCCACGCUCUUCUACAUGUGUGAACUGAACUCAGACCUGCCCAACUCUGACAUAGCACAGCUGGAUAUCUGAAAGGAAAUCUGGGGCAUGUUUUUUUGUAAAUAUUCAUCAAAAUGAUGAUAUAUUUAUUUGCCAGAAUGUUUUUGGUACCAUCUGUCCACAAGUUUGUCAUUCCUGCAUUUCACAAUUUUUUUUAUAUUGUUCAACAGUAUCGCUAUCAGAUGACGCUGCUGGUUAUGUUUCUGGUUUACAUUGCAGCUUUUGUGCGAAGCAUGUUUUUACCGGUUCAGUAAAGAUCAAAGAUUGUCAAAAGAGCUAUUCUUUAUGUAUGGUAUAUGGUAUAGAAGUGCUUGCCUGAUGUGUUAAUCUCUCUAAUCCCAAUAGCCAUGAUAAAUCUGUCGUAUGGUUAGUUCUGUAAUGUUGGGCAGUAUAGUUUUUUUUUUUUAAUGUGAACAUUUCAUCGUUAAUACUGUGUUUCGGAGUAGCAUUAAAGGAUUCGUAUGUGUCAA